AUGCUUGCAUCGGAAGCGGCCAUUGAGGAUCUGAUGACACAAGCCAAGAAGAUUAAAUACGACGUCAUCGGACUGACCGAGACGAAACGACGUUACCCUCAUAACGCCGUAUAUGAAAGUGGAGAAGAACUGUUCUUAGGAACAUGCGACAGUAGAGAUGUUGGUGGAAUUGGCGCCCUCGUCAAAACGAGUAUGGCAGAGAACAUCGACUCUUUCGAACAACUUACUACCCAAAUUCAAACGUCUGCGGAUGAGAAGAUGUGGUCCAAAACCAGCUUUGAUUUUGUCGCUCACGCUCCAACAUCAAGCUACGAAGAAGAAGAAGUCGAAGCUUUCUAUAUGGACCUGGAAAAGUUCUGCCAAGAAGAUCGUGCCUUCUACAAGGCCAUAAUUGGUGAUUUCAACGCCAAAAUUAGCCCCAGAAGAACGCUUGAGGAACUUCCCAUCGGGACCCACAGCCUUCAAUGGAAUGACCAGGGGGAGAGGGUCUCCGAGUUCAUCAUGACGACCAAGACCAUCCAUGGGAACUCGCAAUUCCAGAUGCCUUCCUCUCUACGUUAG